AUGGCCUCACCGCCCUCGUCGCCGGCGGCCCGAACGUCGCUCGUUGCCCGCCUCGCCGCGCCUCCGUCCUCCUCCGCGGCGUCACCUCGCCGACGCCGCUUCGCCGCCGGACAUCCCCUGUCUCCCCCGCCUCUACUUCGCCCGGCGCCGUCGGACGUCCUCCCCGUCCUCCUCCCCAACGGCUCCAUCAAGCCUCGCCGCCCCCCUUNGCCCCCCCCCCCCCCCCCCCCCCCCCGGUGGUCACCGCACUCUCGCGCGCACUCUGCCACGUCGGGCCUCGCUCACGCGCGCGCGCGUGCCCUGCUCGCUGCUGCUCGUGGACCUCGCCCACUAGCCGUCGUCGUCCGCCCGCGCCAUCGCCCUGCUUGCGCCACGGCGCGCCCGCCUGCACCGCACCUCGUGCGCCUCUCCUCCCUGCUUGCUGCUGCUCCGGCGCGGCUCUGCCCGCGCCACCGCGCAGCCGCCCAGUCCAGCCCCGACCGCGCACCCGCGUCCGACCACCCAACCACGGUGACCCCCCCGCCUUGCGCCCCACCUCGUCAUCUCGCCGCGCCAAAACUUCCCGCGGCUGCUACUGCCCUGCGGCCGCGCGCCGUCGCCGUCCUGUCGCCGCUCCGGCCGACUGGGCGGCGCCGUGGCCACCGGCCUCUUCUGCUCCGGCGCCCUGCCGGGUCCGCCCGCCCCUGGGCGUGCGCCCGCUCGGGCUGCGCCCCGCGCCCGAACCCACUAAGGCCCUAG